AGGACUAGAAAUUCACAGGAUGUCGAAACAAGAUCGAGACACACUUCGAAUGCUCAAAGCCAUCGGGCAGAGUGAUGAGACGAAAUGGUUUACAUGCUCACUGCUUGGCAGAAGAGCAGCCAGCCCAACAGUGACAAUUGGAUCACGGGUAACAGCUCUGGAACAUGUGCCGUCGCCCGAGGGACUCCAGCGUCCACACUCAUGCCACGCAGACAUUGCGGCAGCGAGCGUCUCCUCCUCAAAAAGCAGCACGUGGCACGGGCUCGACGACGAAGCCUUGCGUGCACUAUGGUGGCAGUUUCUUGGGGAGAACAUUCAGCGAAGGCUCUCAAGAGCCAGAAACCUCGUGGAGAAGACAAAAACACCUCGUCAAGAAGAAAUACUUUCACGAACUCAUUCCUCUCCCUUGUUGCAUAGAUUCUCUUCUCGCCCCCGAGAUGAUGGCUUCAAGCGAUGUGCCAGUGAGAGCAUAGUUAAUCCUCAGGAAAACGAUGGGAGGAGGGAGGGCUUCCUUGAUAGAUACUCACGAAAUUUGAACCUCGAUAUGCAAUCAGAUCAUGUGACCCUCGAGCCUCGCACACGUUUCAAACAGAAACUUGAUAGGCAAAGAGAAGAGGAACAGCUGCAGUACCGAGAUAUCAUAUCAAUGCUUGUUUCUGCUCAAAUAUCCUCCCGCCAGAAGUCAGUAAGCAAACUGAACUUGAGCAGGAAAGGAUUCGAAGUGCUUCCGUGCGAGGUAAAUGAGUUGUUGCUGAUGCCUCCAGUUGUUGACUUGAAUUGUUCGCAUAACUUGCUGCACUCUAUUCCAGAAGCCA